GUUGUACCUAAACUGCGCCCUAUCGGUUUUGUUAUUAUUCCUGGUUGCGACAGAUGAGGGCUGUCGUCCGCCUAAGCAGUCAUGACUUCCUCGACGGAUAGAUACGAGUAUAGCACUCUAGAGGUGGAUACCGAAGCGCAAACUCGAAACAACUACGCAGAAACGACACAAUUACCAGAAGUAAACCAUCAGGCGACUGAACACUACAACUACCCCGAAGUCGUCGGCAGCUAUGCUCCCAAAAAGGAUGGUGCGGUAAUAGAUACUACGCUUCCCGAGCCGGUCUACGUGCCUGGCGCCGAGGCAGCGACAGGAGAGAAAGCGGUCGCCGCAGCCGGUGCGGAAAGGAGGAUAUGUGGAAUAAAAAGAAAAAUAUUCUUUGGCAUAAUCGCAGCGGCUGUGGUGAUUAUUGUGGGGGUAGUAGCGGGCGUUGCCGCAGGUGUGGUAGUGGGAAGACGGAAUUCCUCGAGCUCUAAUUCGAGCGAUGGCGAUGGAGAUGCGGCGGGUUCAACGAGUGACGAUACUUCUCUAUACGCGAACACAAAGCUCGCAACCGCCAACUUCACGGACGGUUUGGGAAAUGAGAAUUACCUGGUGGCCUACCAGUUAAACAACAAAGCCAUCUACCUUUCGGCAUGGAACUCAUCUAAUAAGCAAUGGGUUGUGUCGCCAAUAGUAGACGGCACAACAAACAAUCUGGGUUUGGAUAGCGUAAGACAAGGAACUUCGUUGGCGCUAGACGUAUUUGCGUAUAGUAACUCGCGCCGUGAUAUCCACAUAUACUGGCAACUACCAGACAGCGGUGGUCUUUCCACCAUCAAGGCCAUGACUUACAACGGCGAUAAGGGUAUAUCAACACAGACGGCUCUCCCAGCUGCGAACUGGGUGGACUCGGCAGCCGGAAACAGUUAUAUUUCUACUGCUGGAUCCUCGCUCGUCUCGUACGGAAAGCAAUGCGAUCUAUGUAACCAAUACACAUACCUCUACUGGCAGACGGCGAACGGCGUAAGGCAAGCUAGUUAUCAAAAUGCCAGCGACGGAUGGACGAGCGACAACGAUGUCAUCCAGAACGGCCUAUCAGGUCCUUCCGACAACAGCUCCCUAGCACAAGCGCAUGUAGCCGCCGCUACCACCAACGGUCACAGGAGCAUGAACGUCUUCUACCGAGCGACGACCAGCGCCUUAGCGCAGAUGAUAAAUGGCGAUGGUCAAUUUAACGGACAAUAUGUCGGCCGCGAUAUCGGACCUAAUACCGCAAUUGCGGCCUUUUCGACCGGAUUCAAUGAGACAAGCACCAAUUGGCCCGAGCCCCUAGGUUUCCAGGUUCUUACGAUUGAUCCAGCUACGAGUGAUGGUGUUCAGUUGACGUAUUAUAAGGGAGAUACUUGGACUUUGGCCAAGAACAAGGUUGCCUCGCUGGCGGAUUGCAAGAACCGCUCGACAAUUGUGGCCAGCCACGCUCGAAGAGUGUACUGCUUAGUCGGGAAGGGAGAUAACACACGCAUAGUCGAGUACGCCUGGACGGGCGAUCCAAGCGACGUAUCAACAUAUUCUAAUUACGAUAGAAUUGGGGAGGUGGUUACUACUGUAUAAUAAUAGCAAAGAAAAAGAUUGCAUCUAGAAGCAUUGAAAUAAUAGUUAAAUUAGACCAAGAGGCAGCGAUAAGGGGAUACACGAUAUCCACCCCAUCUCGCGAUACUCGAGCUUGAGUCCAUGUGUCUUCUAAACCGA